AUGAAGCGGAGUGGACGUCCAAAAAAACUUGAUGAGAAUGACCGUCAAAAGGCCCUCCAAAAGGUCCAUAAAAAUCCUCGAGUUAAAUAUGAAGAUCUUCUUGAAGAGGUAGAUCAUAAAGUCAAAAAACGCUCUAUCAGUCGGCUUCUUAGCUUGGAGAAUAUGAGAAAAUGGAGGGUUAUGAAACGUUCUUAUCUUAAACCUGAGCAUGCUGCUGCCCGACUUGAAUGGGCAGAAAGGUAUCGACACUACCAAAAAGAUAAUUCUGAUCGAGUCUUUUGGUCAGAUGAAUGUACAAUUGAACGAAGGAUUGGACUUCGUCCUGAGUAUUCUUUUAUUCGACCCUCAGACCAAGCUGCAGCUGGAGAAGUUAUGCCAACUCCCCAUCGAGGAUUCCAGUGUAAGCAAAUGUUUUGGGGUUGUUUCUCAGGCUCUCGCCGUCGUUCUGGAUUGUUAACUCUUGACGGUGAUCCAGAGCUAGGUGGAGGUGUGAAUCGCUUUAUUAUCCUUCGUACAUACCGUACAAUUUUGCCGACUUUAUUAAUUGAUCCAAAUACGAUGUUCCAACAGGACAAUACUCCAACUCAUACUGCUAUUAUUGUCCGUCAUUAUAUUCGCAAUGAGCUUAGACGGGAGGUCAUAGUCUGGCCUCCAUUUUCACCAGAUCUCAAUCCAAUUGAGAACCUUUGGACUCUUUUAAAACAGAAAAUCUAUGAUCUACGACCUCAUCUACUUCAUAUACCUAAUAAUGAUACUACAUUAAAUAUUUUGAUUGAUACAGCUCAGGCUGCGUGGCAAGAUAUUGAUUUUAGUGUAUUAGAGCAUCUUUCGGAGACUAUACCACAUCGUGUACAAGCAAUUCUUAACUCCUAUGGGUGGUAUACCAAAUAUUAG